AUGCCACUCUCCGUCGAUGUGGAACUCGACGUUGAAGUUGACGUGGAUGAUGUUGUGGAAGUCGAUGUGGACGUCGAGGAAGAGCUGGUUGACGAAGACGAAGUCGACGUGGACGAUGAUGACGAUGAUGAUGUUGAUGACGUUGUGGAGGAUGACGUGGAUGUGGAGGGUGAUGAAGAUGAAGACGAAGACGAAGAAGACGAAGACAGCGUCGUCGUGCUCGUGCUUGUGCUCGUUGUAGUCAUCGGCUCCGUACCACUUCCAGUCGUUGACGUCGUUGUCGUUGUUGUUGUGGGCUCGGUGCCACUUCCCGUGCUUGUCGACGUGGAUGUUGAAGAGGAUGUCGACGACAUGGUUGUUGUGGAUGUGCUGGUGGACGUGGAUGUCAUUGAAGAGGAAGUGGAGGAGGAAGAGGAUGUGCUGGUGGACAGCGUUGUAGAUGACGACGAAGAUGUGGACGAUGAAGAAGAUGAGGACGUGGAAGAGGACGUCGAGGUUGACGUCGACGUGGAUGUGGACGACACCGUUGUUGUGGAUGUACUCGUCAUGGGCUCGGUUCCACUUCCAGUCGAUGUUGUGGUCAUCGUCGUGGUCGAGGUUGGCUCAAAACCGCUCUCCGUGCUCGUGCUACUCAUCGUCGUUGUCAUCGUUGACGUGGAAGAUGAUGUUGAUGAGGAUGAAGACGUUGAUGGCGAUGAAGACGUUGAGGAUGAUGACGAAGUACUAGAGGACGUUGAGGAGGAAGAUGAAGUGCUGGAAGACGAGGAUGAUGACGAAGAAGUGGAUGAGGAUGACGAGGUGGAAGUGGAAGUGGAGGUUGUCGUGCUCGUGGCAGACGACGACGAUGAAGAGGUUGACGAUGAAGAGAUUGACGAUGAAGAGGUUGACGAGGAUGUUGAAGUGGAAGUGGAAGCAGACGUGGAUGUGCUGCUACUGGAGGAGGAAGACGUGGACGAUGCUGUCGUCUCCGCACCACUCAUCUCUGUCGUGGUCGCGGUGGUCGUCGUCAUUCUCGUGGUCGACCCCAUCAUGCCACUGCCAGUUGUCGACAUCCAUCCCCGCUUGUAA